CCGGCGGCGGCUUCUCUGUUCUCUUCCGGACAACAACAAUGGCGGAACCCGCGGAUACAGCGGCUCUCACCUCCCCCGAUACGGGACUGGUCCCCCCUUUGUCCGGGACCGAUGGCUCUCAGCGCCUUCUGUUCUCUCAUGACCUGGUGUCGGGUUACUAUAGGGGCCAGGCCCGCUUUGCUCUUGUCAGACUCAUCCACGGUGAGGACUCGGACUCCGAAGAUGACGACGAGGAGGUGGAAGAAGAGGAGGCUGGUGGAGGGAACAAAAAAGCAGGCAGCGGCGGUGGGGGGGCGGUUGGAGGACAGGGGAGCCCUGGCUCGGACACGGCAGGGGAAGCAAGCAGAUUCGGACCGCUCCGCAGGGGGUAUGUGCGGGUGCAGUGGUACCCAGAGGGCAUCAAGCAGGAUGUGAAGGAGACAAAGCUGAAGCUGGAGGACAGAUCGCUCGUCCCUCGAGAUGUUGUCCGUCAGAUGAGCACAAAGGACAGUCAAUGUGGGACAGUGAUCGAUGUGAACAUAGAAUGUCUCAUAAAACUGGUCGGAACCAACUCCUUCCUGCACCCGGUCAACAGCAAGGAGCUACAACACAUCUGGCCCAUCAUGUAUGGAGAUUACAUAGCAUAUGACUGCUGGUUGGGUAAAGUGUACGACCUGAAGAACCAGGUUAUCCUCAAGCUGUCUAACGGCGCAAGGUGUUCCAUGAGCACAGAAGACGCUUCCAAGCUGUACGAUGUUUGUCCGCACGCCAAUGACUCGGGCUUGUUCUUUGAUGACUCCUAUGGAUUCUACCCUGGUCAAGUGCUGAUUGGUCCAUCCAAGGUGUUUUCUAACGUACAGUGGCUUUCUGGGGUUAAACCAGUUCUCAGCGCCAAGAGCAAAUUCCGUGUGGGUGUUGAAGAGGUGCAAGUAACAGAACUGAGGGUAACUUGGAUUACCAAAAGCUUUUGUCUUGGUGGCGCAGACUCCAUGGACCCACCGUCAUCUGUGAUCACUCAAGAAAACUUGUGCAGGGUUAAGAGACUAGGAUCAUUUGACCAUACUCAACGGCAACUGGGAGAACGAUGCCUUUACAUCUUCCCAACCAAGGUGGAGCCAACAAAGAUACUGUGCGAGAGUCUUGAGAAAAACUGUCUCCUGGGGGAGGUGGCAGCCACCAAAAAGGUGGAUAAGUUGCUGGAAAAGCAGAUAGUAAAGAUCAUUUCCUGCAUCCAAGAGAUCUCCAAUCCAGUUGAUAUUGUAAAAAAAAACUCAGCUGCGGCUCCAGGUUCAGGCCCUCCGGUGAAAGGUGCCGAGGGAGACGACGAUGUCGGAGAACCUGCCACGGAACCAAAAGACGCUCCACAUACUAAAGAUUCUUUUAGCAAAGAGCCCCCGACGGGCACCUUCCGGGAGAUUUUCCAUAAUUUCCAAAUUCAGUCUACAGAGCUUGAUGCCGACGACGAAGCUGCCGGAGACACGGAUGAAACCAGCUCCGUGACGUCUUCAGCAAGCUCUACGGCGUCCUCGCAAAGUGGCUGCGGGGCCGGGCGCAAGAAGAGCAUUCCCCUGUCUAUACGGAACCUGAAAAGGAAGCACAAGAAGAAGAAAAAGAGCAAGGUUUACCGGGAAUUCAAGCCGGGUGACAGAGUGGCCGUGGACGUUAUCACCACGGUGACUACAGCCGAUGUGAUGUGGCAGGAUGGCAGCGUGGAGACAAACAUCAGGUCCAACGAGCUAUUGCCCGUCCAGCAUCUGGAUAACAAUGAAUUUUGUCCUGGAGAUUUUGUCGUGGAUAAAAGAGCACACGCGGUUCCGGAUCCCAGUUUGUAUGGCGUGGUGCAGUCUGGCGAUCAUACUGGGCGCACUUGUGUAGUCAAAUGGAUCAAGCUGAAUGCUGACGGAACAGACGUCGAGGUUGUUGGGGAAGAGGAAGACGUGAGCGUAUAUGACAUCGCAGACCACCCGGACUUCCGUUUCCGGACGACAGACAUUGUUAUACGUAUUGGCAGCUCCGAGCCAGAGGCUUUUCCUGACGACAAGCCCUCUGUUGGUCAAGUUGCCAAGGUAGAUGUUAGCGGUAAGGUAGAAGUGAUUUGGGCAAACAACUCCAGGACAGUUGUCCUUCCACAGCACCUGUACAAUGUAGAGUCUGAAUUAGAAGAGUCUUUCUAUGACUCGGUGGACAGCAGUACCAGCGGUGCCUCUUCUGACGAGUGGGAAGAUGACAGUGAUAGCUGGGAGACGGACAAUGGCUUGACGGAGGAUGAAAAUGCUCGGAAUGUAACAGAAGAUGGAUCCGAACUACAGAACCAGGCCGCUUCUGCAGAGCCAUCGCAAGAAGUGGCGUCGGGGGAGGCAGAGCAGGGUAGCGCUGCUGCCGCCGCCGCUGCUCUUGGCGUGCCAGGUUUGGCAGUGAAAGUGAAUGAGAAAGAAGGGUUCGUCAAAAGCUUUAAAGAGCUGAAGGAGGCAAUCAAAAUAUUGGAGAGCCUGAAGAAUAUGACGGUGGAACAGCUUCUCACAGGAUCUCCAACUUCACCUACCGCCGAACCUGAGAAAUUCACCCGGGAGAAGAAGUUCCUGGAUGAUAUUAAGAAGCUACAGGAGAAUCUUAGGAAGACGCUAGACAACGUUGCUAUUGUAGAAGAGGAGAAGAUGGAAUCUGCCCCGGAUGGUGAGAAAGAAGAAAAAGCUGAAGCGCAGACACCUGUUCGCUCUGAGUGGCCAAGUGAUACACCUGUGCUGUGCCAACGGAGUGGUGGGAAGCCCGGGGUCAUUUUCACCAGUGCCAAGGGAGAGGUCUUCUCUGUGCUGGAGAGUGCACCAGAGAGUCAUGCCUUCAAGAAGUUGGAGUUUCAAGCCCCAGAAGCAAAGAAGUUUUUUAGCACGGUGCGCAAAGAGAUGGCUCUCCUUGCCACAUCUCUUCCCGAUGGCAUCAUGGUGAAAACAUUUGAAGACAGGAUGGAUCUCUUUUCUGCAUUAAUUAAAGGGCCGACUCGCACUCCAUAUGAAGAUGGUCUUUUCCUCUUUGACAUUCAGCUACCAAAUAUUUACCCUGCCGUUCCCCCCCUUUUCCGCUACUUGUCUCAGUGCAGCGGGAGGCUCAACCCAAAUCUCUACGACAAUGGCAAAGUUUGCGUCAGCUUGCUGGGGACUUGGAUUGGAAAGGGGACUGAGAGGUGGACCAGCAAGUCCAGUCUACUUCAAGUGCUCAUCUCUAUUCAAGGUCUCAUCUUAGUAAAUGAGCCGUACUACAAUGAGGCUGGCUUCGACAGUGACCGAGGUUUGCAGGAAGGCUAUGAGAACAGUCGCUGCUAUAACGAGAUGGCUCUCAUCAGAGCUGUCCAAUCCAUGACGCAGUUGUUACGAAGACCUGUUGAGGUUUUCCAGCAGGAGAUCCGGGAGCACUUUCAAAGCAGCGGUUGGCGCCUAGCUCACAGGAUAGAGACCUGGCUAGAAACCAAUUCCAUUGUGGAGAAGGCCGGUGAGCUGUCCAAUGGCCAGGACCAUCCCUGCAUAGUUCCUUAUAGCCCUACUGAACCAGAGUGCACGCCUGAUCCCGCGCUAGAUUCCAAGGACUUGGACGAUUCGGGGUGCGGCGCUUCCACCCUUUCUCCUGGAGAUUUGGAAAACAUGGGCAAAGGAGUGAUGCUGGAGAGCAGCCCUGCGGAGGAGCCAAAGGGAGCAACUGGGGGAGUGCAACCCAGUGUAAAACCAAAGAAACGUAGAAAGAGCUACCGCAGCUUCCUGCCUGAUAAGAGAGGUUAUCCAGACAUCGGCUUUCCCCUGUUUCCUCUCUCCAAGGGCUUCAUCAAAAGCAUCCAAGGUGUGCUAAGCCAGUAUAAGUCUGCACUGGUGGAAGCUGGUAUCUCAGAGUCCCGUGGAGACAGACUCACGCUCCCUUUGUAAGGACUGGAGAGAAGCGAUGGAGGGGCACACACUGCCUCCAUUCCCACCUCGCCUUCAACACUCCUUUCUUGCUCUGCCGUUUCCACUGCCGAGUCCCUUUUAUGUGAUGGUUUCUUGCAAUUACUUUGGACUUCUGACACACACACACAAGCUGAGACCAAACAUGAUUGUAAAUCUAAUUGCGGCUGAAACUAUUUAUUUUUUGCUUUGCUUGUGUUUACGCGGUCCGUUUUCAUUACUCCGGGUAUUAUAAUCUGGGGUCAACCAUGCUGCUAUGGGAUCAAGGGUUCCUCCAAUAUAUGCGCUUAUCGCUUUGCAGGGGAACAGACCUAUACGGUACUGCUGGAUCUGUUCCUCUGAAAAGGUGUUUGUUUCCAAUGUAUACAUGGUGUUUUGGGGCUUGGGUUUAGCAAGCAUUGCUUUGAGAGAGUAAGGCCCAGUAUAACACAGAUAGAAGUGUAUACCAACAAGUAUGUAUUUAAAAAAAGGAGAAAAUGGCAAUCACAGCAUGUUUUAGGUUGGCAGGCUAUGUUCUGGGCUGGACCCAAUUUGGUAAAUAAGAGCAACGGCCUCGUAUCUGCACUGCCACUUAACACUAUGACAAGACACACAACACCCAUAAUGCAUAUGUGAUUUUAGUAGGUGGAAGUGCCCUCGCUUAUAGGUUUGUAUGCAUCCGUUGCCUUCAUGAAAGUAUAAGGGUCAUUUAGUGAUUUAGUGAUGGAUCUACUGCUUCCUUGGCCACCAGAACCCUGAAGGUGGGAUGCCAGAGGUUGCAACAUCAGCAAUCCUUGAUUUUAAUCUCGUGUCCUACUAUACAGACAAGAGGUGCUGAGGUGUAUCACCAUAACAGAAAAGGGACAUUUUCGUUAGAAACACGCUUUUCAUGUCCUGUAUGUACUAGCGAGUAAUUUCAUCGGUUACCCCAAUGCAAAGGGCGCUCUGCAUUGUGAGCCAGGGGAUAACGCAUCGCAGCUGCCGCAAUCCGUAACCUAGACAAAGCCUCGGCGCAAAGAAAUAAACAAGAAACAAAAAAGCUAUUAGUGAGUAUUUAUUGAUUUACUAUUUAACGUAUUUUUGCCCAAAUUUGCCUACCGUAUUUGCGGUAAGGGAUAUUUAUUAAAAGCGUGAAAUAUCA